AAUAAUUAGUGUUAAUAAUAAUUAAGUAUUAAUUUCUGUGAUAAUGGCAGCUACAAUGCAACAAGAUGAGGAACAAUCUUUACGGGAAUGUGAAAAUUAUGUACAAACGCAUAAUAUUCAGCAAGUAUUAAAAGACUGUAUUGUACAAUUAUGUGUGAGUCGUCCAGAUAAUCCAAUAUCAUUUCUACGAGAAUAUUUUCAAAAACUGGAACGGGAACAAGCACAUGAUGCAAAAAAACAAGCGGCUGGUGCUGGGGGUUCCCCCGAAGACACAGACACUGACUUAUCACCAAUGCCACCAACACACGCACAACAACCCGUUCGAAGACGUGGCGGUAUCAGCGCUGAACCCGUCUCAGAAGAAGAUGCUACAAGUUAUGUAAAAAAAGUUGUUCCAAAAGAUUAUAAAACGAUGGCAGCAUUAGCCAAAGCGAUUGCCAAAAAUGUGCUAUUUUCACAUUUAGAUGAAAAUGAACGUAGUGAUAUUUUUGAUGCUAUGUUUCCUGUCAAUUGUUUAACUGGUGAGGCGAUUAUACAACAAGGCGAUGAAGGGGAUAAUUUUUAUGUAAUUGAUCAAGGUGAAGUUGAAGUUUAUGUAAAUUCCGAAAUGGUUACAACAAUUGGUGAUGGUGGUAGUUUUGGUGAAUUAGCAUUGAUCUAUGGUACACCACGAGCCGCAACCGUUCGUGCUAAAACUGAUGUUAAAUUAUGGGGUAUCGAUCGUGAUUCAUAUCGACGUAUAUUAAUGGGUUCGACAAUCAGAAAACGAAAAAUGUAUGAAGAAUUUUUAUCACGUGUGUCAAUAUUAGAAAGUUUAGAUAAAUGGGAACGGCUUACUGUUGCUGACGCACUUGAACCUGUCAGUUUUGAAGAUAAAGAGACCAUAGUACGGCAAGGCGAACCUGGUGAUGAUUUCUACAUAAUCGUUGAAGGAACCGCAUUAGUAUUACAGCACAGGGCUGAAGGUGAGGAACCAGCAGAAGUUGGACGUCUAGGACCAAGUGAUUACUUCGGUGAAAUUGCAUUAUUAUUGGAUAGACCUCGCGCUGCCACUGUAGUAGCAAAAGGUCCAUUAAAAUGUGUCAAACUUGAUCGUGCCAGAUUUGAGCGUGUUCUGGGACCAUGUGCAGAUAUUUUAAAACGGAAUAUUACACAAUACAACAGUUUCGUAUCAUUGUCGGUGUAGUGUCAAUAUAAACUGCCAUCAAUCAUAUAAAUUGUCAUCUUAUAACUUGAAUGGACCCACCAGUUAUAACAUAAUCCCAUAAAUCCAUCCAUCAUCCAUUUAAUUAUGUAACCAUUCAAUGACAAAACAACAUCAACAUAUUUAAUAUAGACUUUUCGAUCUUUUUUCUUUUCUCAUAAAAAAAAAACUUAGGAAAAUUUAUCUAAUUAAUUAUAUAAAUAUAAUGGAAUUUAGUGGAAUGGAAAUCAAUCGAAAUUAUUAACAAAAAACGAUAUUUUGUAAAUGAAUCUCGCCAAUUCAACGCGUUACAAAAUAACGUUAAAGUAUCACGAAAACAUU